UUACAUUUCUAUUACAUUAUCAACAGACCUAUAUUAACCCACAAAUGAUAACGUCAACUAUACUAUUCAGUACAGCACUGGUCGUUAAGUUGUGUUGACACAAAAUGAUGUAUUUGUCAUUAUUCUUAUUUGUAAUAACAGUUUACAGUUUGAUAUCAACAAACGCUACGUAUGUUGUGAAUCGAUAUGACGAUAUCGAGUGUAACUUGAAACCUGAACUAAUUAAAGAAAUAGCAUCAUACAAGAAUGUGACGAGAACGAUUAUGGAUGAAAUAAUCUCGAAUGGAUAUGGUCGCACUAUGUACAAACAGUAUUCUGACUUCAUUGACACUUUUGGGGCACGACCAUCCGGUUCUAUAACAUUGGAAAAAUCUAUUGACCAUAUGAUAAAUCUUACCAUAGAAAAUGGUUUAAAUGACGUGACAACAGAAGAAGUAGAGGUACCACACUGGGUACGUGGUCUCGAAUCUGUGGUCAUGUUAAGCCCUCGACAAAAGAAUAUCGCUGUAAUUGGUUUAGGCACCAGUGUUAGCACACCUCCUGAUGGAAUCACAGCUGAAAUAAUAGUGAUAAGUAGUUUUAAAGAACUAGAAAAUACUGAUGAUAAGUAUAUAAAAGGGAAAAUUGUGCUUUUCGACGCUCAUUAUGUCACUUAUGGAGAUACUGUAAUAUAUAGAUCACAGGGUGCAUCAAAAGCCUCCAAAAAGGGUGCUGUAGCUUCACUAAUAAGAAGCAUUACCCCUUUUUCUAUUUAUUCGCCCCAUACAGGAGCUCAAUUUUACGAAGCAAAUGUAACUAAGAUUCCAACAGCAGCAAUUACUUUGGAAGAUGCAGAUUUACUACGCCGAUUACAAGAUGACGGAGAGAAAAUUAUAAUAAAUAUAAAAAUGUUUAGUACCUACGAUCAAAAAAAAUCUAGAAAUACAAUAGUAGAUUUAAAAGGUAAAGAACAACCUGAAAAGCUAGUAAUAGUGUCUGGUCAUAUUGACAGCUGGGAUGUCGGUCAAGGUGCAAUGGACGAUGGCGGAGGUAUGAUAAUUAGCUGGUUUACUCCAGUUAUAUUAAACCUUUUGCAAUUAAAACCCAGACGAACUAUCCGGGCAAUAUUAUGGACCUCCGAAGAGCCUGGUCUAAUUGGCGCGGCAGCGUACUUAAAUAAACAUAUACACGAACUCUCGAAUAUAAAUUUUAUAAUGGAAUCUGAUGAAGGAACAUUCAGCCCUAGAGGUUUGGAUGUAGCUGGUUCUAAAAUAGCUCGUUGUAUAGUUGGAGAAGUUUUAAAACUUUUUUCUCCCAUAGACGAAAUGACAAAUAGUGGUGGUCCAGGAUCAGACAUUACUUUAUUUGUAAAUAAAGGAAUUCCUGGAGCUUCAUUGUUGAAUAAAAAUGAACGGUACUUUUGGUUUCAUCAUAGUGAAGGAGAUACUAUGAACGUUCAAAAUAUGGCUGAUGUUGUAGAUUGUGCCGCCUUUUGGGCAGCAGUUUCAUAUGUUAUUGCAGAUAUAUCUGUAGAUAUACCGCGUUAAUGAUAAAUAAACAACAACACACGUCAGUAGGUAAAAUAUAAUAACAAAUCGUACUAUUGGUUGGCCAAGAAAAAUAUUUUUCAUUUAGGUACUAUGAAAAUAUUCCGAUGAAAUGAUGUAGAUUUUUUAUGUCUCCCGUGAAAUCAAACAUUGAGCCUCCGGCGCUGACACUCUUUGUGUUCCGACGCGUAGUAACAAAUUGCGCUCUCACAACAACCCUUUGAGAUUCGAAACGUUGGCAUCCUUCACUGAAUUCUCUUCCGGAAACAUCCUUACUUGGAAGUACCUCUAUUAUUUCGGAAACGUAUCAUCAUUUGUCCACACAGUAUGCUCCAAUAAUAAAUAAAUUACAAUAAUAUUUUUUUU